GCUUGGGUCAGUACGGGAAGACCGCUUUUUUGUGGCCGAUGUACGGAGGAGGAGAUCUUACGCAGGCCUUUUCUCGCAUGUCCUCCGUGUGGGGCGGCACCUACCUCUUACGGGAGCAACCGGCGCAACUCGCCGUGCACCCAGAAACAGGAAACUGCCUCGGCGUCUUGGACAGGAAGGGAGCGGCGAUCAAGUGCGAACAUGUCGUUUUGGGACAAGGGAACAUGCCGGCGGAAUGGAGGGGAAGACGGCGGAGGGGCGGGGUGGACCUCCGCCUGGGCCCGGAAGGAGGAAGUGGGGGGCGAUCACUCGUGCGUCGGGUGGUGCUA